CACAACAUAACCUCCAUAACCAUGGCUUAUCUGCCCUCUCCAAGUCUAACAACACUUAAACACAAUCCUAAGCCUACAUGCUUCUCUCCUUUAAAACCCACUUAUUCUGACCAUCUUUGCUUCAUCACAACCCAAUUCAAAAGCCACCCUCAAAGGUGCAAUGCAUUCUUUGGUGACAAUAUCCCUGGAAAUGUUUUGAAGACGACUCUCCAUUUGGACCAAUUUCCUCCUUUUCAAUAUGGUUACAUGCAGUUUCAAACAGCUACAGAGGAACUCUCAGAAACACAGAAGUGGGGUUUCCUGAUUUUUGCUGGGAUUACAUGGAUAUACUUAACUGCAAGACCAGGUAUUCUCAUAGGUGCCAUUGAUGCAUACCUUCUUGCUCCUCUGCAAUUGGUUUUGGAUAGUUUGAUUGGAAGGAGAAGGUUGAAGAGUACUGAUUUUUUGAUUGGGGACAAGUUGGGAGAAGGGUCUUUUGGUGUUGUUUAUUCUGGUGCGGUUGUUCCAAAGAAUGUGAAUGUUGAAGAGACGGUGCAGAAGAGAGGGAAGGGCAGAGCUCCACGGUUGGAUGAGAGGUUCAAGGAGAAGGUCAUCCUCAAGAAGGUGAAGAUUGGAGUUCAAGGGGCUGAAGAAUUUGGCGAAUUCGAGGAGUGGUUCAAUUACAGGUUGUCUAGAGCAGCACCUGAAACAUGUGCUGCGUUCCUGGGAAGUUUUGUUGCUGAUAAAACAAGUUCUCAAUUUACGAAGGGUGGAAAGUGGCUUGUUUGGAAAUUCGAGGGAAACCAAACUCUUGCCGAUUACAUGAAAGAUAGGAAAUUCCCUUUUAACUUGGAGUCUGUCAUGUUCGGACGUGUCUUGCAAGAUGUAGACUCUGUCAAACGCAGUGCAUUGAUCAUCAAGCAAAUAAUGCGUCAAAUUAUUACUUCGCUCAAGAAAAUCCAUGACACGGGCAUUGUUCACCGGGACGUAAAGCCAGCAAACUUAGUAGUGACAAGAAGGGGACAAAUCAAGCUCAUAGACUUUGGGGCAGCCACGGACCUCAGGAUUGGAAAGAACUAUGUACCAGACCGUACCCUGCUAGAUCCUGACUUUUGUCCUCCUGAACUAUAUGUGCUCCCAGAGGAAACGCCAGUUCCCCCUCCAGAGCCCAUUGCUGCAUUUCUUUCUCCAAUUCUUUGGCAGCUGAACAGUCCCGACCUCUUUGAUAUGUACUCUGUUGGAAUUAUACUAUUGCAAAUGGCAGUACCAUCCUUAAGGUCUUCAGCAGGGUUAAAGAAUUUCAAUUCAGAAAUAAAAACAGUUAAGUAUGACUUGAAUAAAUGGAGGGACUAUACUCGGUUGAGGCCUGACUUGUCACUUCUUGAUCUCGAUUCGGGUAGAGGGUGGGAUCUGGCCACAAAGCUUGUGUCAGAGAGAGGUUCCCUUAGAAGGGGGCGCUUAUCAGCGGCAGCUGCUCUGAGGCAUCCUUACUUCUUGUUAGCUGCUGACCAGGCAGCUGCAGUUCUUUCAAAAUUAAGUUUUACCAAAUAGUGUGCUGCUUCAAGAUCAUCACAAGAAUGGAGAGACUCACAAACAAGCAAGCCCUUGCCUGCGCUGCGUUCAUGGUUGUUGCCAUUUUUGCACCUGGUGACCUUGGGGGUUUGCUUCCGUUCCAAGUUAACAGGCCAGUGGACUGUGGAUGCAAUACAAGAGAUUACAAUUUUAUAAAUGUUUUUCGUUGCCGAUAAUAUUAAUUUAUAGCAGAGGAGGUUCGAUCCCACUUUGUUAAUCAUUACUAUUAAUCUCUUGUA